CACUGAACAAAGACUCUACGUACAGUCGUAUCCAUACUAGUGAAGGCGAUUACCUACUGGCCUUGGUAAGAAGUGAGCUAACCUAUCAUACCCGGCUAAGUAAACACAAGCUUGACCUCGUUUAUGUUCCAUGUUAACCUAGGCCAUGUCAGCCGUGUGGACAACAGCUAACGGUAUGAUACUGAUGACAGCGGAACUACGGUGACAAAAGGAAAGUCAUACGGCCACUACAGAUGGAGGAAACCAAUAUCAUGCACUUCCGGUAGGCAGAUACAGUGGUCUGUCCAGUACUUCCAGUAAAGCCGUCCAGACCCAGUUUUAAACUUGCAGUGGAGACAUAUUGAGAAUCAGCACACUAUUGGGAUAUGAGACAUGCCUAGUCACCUGAUAAACGACUAUAUAGCGGGAGCUAUCGGAGGUUCUGCAGGUCUGUUGGUCGGACAUCCCUUUGAUACGACAAAGGUAAAACUACAGACGCAACAUGGGAGUCAGCUCAAGGGAACUGUGGCGAUGGCUUCGAACAUUUUCAAGCAGGGCUUGACUGCUGGAUUCUUCCGAGGGCUGUCCUGGCCACUCAUGUCGUACGGCGUUGUUAACUCCGUCCUGUUCGGCGUCUACGGUAACACACUGAAGUUCCUCGACAAAGACAAGGACACUAAGAAGUCAUCCUACCUCAAUAUUUACCUGGCAGGAUGUGUAGGGGGCGCUGCGCAACUAAUUCCUGUCAUACCUACUGAUUAUGUCAAAGUAGUUUUGCAGUCCCAGAUUGUUCCGGAUACACACGGAACAAAAGUUCACACACCAGGCAAGGAUCCUUAUUUCAAGGGACCAAUACAAUGCGCUAAGCACGUGUACAGAACCAAGGGAUUAUCAGGAUUAUACAAAGGUGGCGGCGCCAUGUUUUGGCGAGAAGUGCCGUCUUACGGACUCUUUCUGCUUGUCUAUGAGUCCUUCAGUGAAGGUCUGAAAAGUAAGGGCUGGACUGACUCCAAGGGGUUCAUAGCGGACUUCAUUGCUGGUGGCUGUGCCGGAAGUAUAACUUGGUUCUCAAUAAUGCCGAUUGAUGUCGUUAAGAGCCGUUACCAAGCAGAUCUGCUUGGCCAGUACAAUGGGCCGUUGGAUUGUGCAGUCAAGAGCUACAAGGCAGAAGGACUCCGAGUGUUCUACAGGGGCUGUGCCGUGACUUGUGUCCGAGCGUUUCCAGUGAACGCUGUGACGUUUGUAGUAUACUCACAAAUACUCCAGUACCUUGACAGUAGAUGACACAUUCUAGGCAUAGCAAUUGUUUAUAUAAUUUAUACAUUAAAACGUACUGCGUUUCC